UUUCGACACCAUCAGUGGUCAAGAGAUAUUUGUCAGCAUUAUGCUCUCUGAGGAAAUCUGAACCUUCAGCGUCUCACUCCUUUUUCCCACCCUGCAGGCCAAAUUCAAGCCAUUUACAGAUCCUCCCCUCAUUUCUCUGUUUCAUGAUCAAAUGGUUUAUGUGCUAAAAUACGCUUCCUGAUUUAAUCAGGGCAGACAACCUGCAAGUCACAGGACAGACAGGAAUCUCACGGUCACUCCAGAGGAAAAGAGCAAGAGAGAGAGAGAGAGAGAGAGAAAUGGCAGAGGGUUUCAGUCAGAGCAGUGGUGAGGCCCCUGAAUAUAAGCUGGUCCCUCUUAGGGGCUUCAGCCUAAUAUCAGGAAUCCACUCUCCCGAGGUUGUGGAUCAAAUUCAGAACUUUGAGAUUCAAGACUCGGAUGUCUUUGUCAUUACUUACCCAAAAUCAGGGACUAUUUGGUUGCAGCAAAUCCUCAGUCUAAUAGAGGUCAAAGGUGAUGUUACAGCAACAAUUAAUCAGCUGAAUUCUGAGCGAGUACCAUGGAUUGAACUCUUAGAUUCUAGGAAACAGUUUGUUUCUGCCCCUUCCCCCAGGAUCUGCGUGUCUCAUCUGCCAUACAAAUUCAUGCCAGUUGGACUGAAACAAAAGAAAGGCAAGGUCAUCUAUGUGGCCAGAAAUCCAAAGGAUGUUUUGGUGUCUUACUACCACUUUCACAAAUACGCAAAUAUGCUGGAGACCCCAAAAGACUUUGAUACAUUUUUUGAGAAAGGAAAGGAAGGAAAUGUUUUUGGUAAUUGCUGGUUUGAGCAUGUCAAGAGCUGGUUCUCCCACAAAGACGAGAUGAAUUUCUUGUACAUUACAUAUGAGGAGAUGAUUAAGGACUUACGGUCAGUGGUUGAAAGGAUCACUUCAUUCUUGGCGAGGAACUUGACAUCACAGCAGUUGAAUGAUGUUAUUGAGCACAGUACCUUCAAAAAUAUGAAGAACAAUCCCCAGGCCAAUUACCAGCAGAUCCCUGUCAUCCUGCUGAACCACCAGCUGGGAUCAUUUCUGAGGAAAGGAACUGUUGGUGACUGGAAGAACUACUUCACUGUGGCACAGAAUGAGAGAUUUGACAGAGUGUACCAACAGAAGAUGAAAGAUGUUCCUCUUUCUUUCAUCUGGGAUAUGAAUGAUCUCAUCACACCAUGAUUUAUUCAGGCUCAUCAGCAGGGUUUGAAAUCAAAAAAGUAAAAAAUCAAUAAAGAAAAUCUGAAAUGGUUUAAAAGUUUGGAGACAGUAAAUUAUUAUUUUUUCUUUAUUUUGGUAAGAUAAACCAUUCUACUGUUUGGUGUAGAAUAUUUGGGGAUGGUAACAUUUUUUAUUUUUUUUUAUAAA